AUGGCGCCACAAGGCUGGCGAAGGCUGGCACAGGAUAAUCCGGACUCGGAGUCAACGGUUGGCGCAGGAAGCCCUCGAAGGAAGAGACCGCUGUUCAGCAGCAAAAAGAUAGCCAUCGCAGCAGCAGUCACCCUCAUCGCCCUAGCUCUCCUGUAUUCUUCCCACAGACUCGUGGCAGAUGGAUACUCUUUCCGCAAGGAACCACCACAAAACCCAGCCAGUGAAGAGCCCGCGAAUCUCCCUCCGCGUCCAAGCACAAUCCUCUCCACUUCGAAAGCGGCAGUUAUAGUCGAGAAUCGACCUCUCGAGAACUUAAUCCCCAUCAUAUUACAUUUCUCAUCUGUGCUUGGACGAGAAUGGCCAAUACACCUGUUUACGAGCGAAGGAAACAUGGGAGCAUUCUCCGAAUCGGCGCCAUUCCAAAGAGAAGUGAGCGCUGGUAGAUUUCAUGUGCGGGCUCUGCCAGCAGAAGAACACCUGAAUACACAUGCCGCUGUCUCAGGAUUCUUUACCAAGCCAUGGUUCUGGGAACAGAUGGCGCCGGCGGAACAUAUUUUGAUGUUCCAAGCAGAUAGCAUCAUCUGCUCGAACUCGCAGCACAGAGUAGAGGAUUUCCUCAUGUACGAUUUUGUCGGUGCGCCGGUCGACGAGGUCAGAGGGUUAGGAAUGGGAUACAAUGGCGGGCUUUCGAUACGGAAUCGAACGAAGUGCUUGGAGAUUGUCCAGAACUAUGAUUGGCAGGUGGAGCGACAUGGAGAUCAUUCUGCCGGGAACGUGGAUUAUGAAGAUCAGUGGUUCUCAAAGAAGAUGCGAGAGAUGCCAGGUGGGUCUACAUUGCCUACUCCAGAGAUCGCGAUGCAGUUCUCGGUGGAGACAAUGUGGUAUGAUAAACCACUAGGUUAUCAUCAGCCCAAUGUGUGGCAGAAGGAGCACAUGGACGAGAUAUAUAAGUGGUGCCCUGAAUAUAGGUUGUGUACCUUGGAAACUUUCACGGAUCAUAAUACUGAGAACUUUGGGGGAGCUUGA